CAAGAUACACAACAAACAAAAUAACCCGCGUAGGCGUAGCGCAAAGAUAAUAAUAAUAACACUACACCAUAAACGACGCUGCGUUCCACGACUUUUUUUUCAUUCCAUUCUUAUUUCAUAAUCGACGACAGCGUCAGACUAACGGUGCCGCUUCCUGGUGCCGUCGUUACGCUUCUAUUUGUUACCUUCAUCAAACGGCAUCGUAUCGACCAGUCUCAUCAAAGAUCGUUCCUCUUUCAUCUCAAUCACGAAACCCUAAUCCAGACCAAGUUAUUUUCUCCUAAUUUUCCAGGCUAAUGGCAUCUUCUUCAGACUCAUGGAUGAAGGAAUAUAAUGAAGCAAUGAAACUUGCUGAUGAUAUCAGUGGCAUGAUUUCUGAACAUAAUUCAUUUCCUUCAUCUGGACCAGAAACACAGCGUCAUGCAUCUGCUAUAAGAAGGAAGAUAACAAUAUUGGGGACCAGACUGGAUAGCUUGCAAUCCCUUUUGUCAAGAGUCCCUGUAAAGUCUGAGAAGGAGAUGAAUCGUCGCAAGGACAACCUUGCAAAUUUGAGGUCAAAGGUUAACCAAAUGGCUUCAACGUUGAACAUGUCAAACUUUGCAAAUAGGGAUAGUUUGCUUGGGCCAGAAAUAAAACCAGAUGCAAUGAGCAGAACUGUUGGCUUGGAUAACAAUAAACUUGUUGGUCUGCAACGGCAAGUUAUGAAAGAGCAAGAUGAGGGCCUUGAGAAAUUGGAGGAAACUGUAUUAAGUACGAAACAUAUUGCGUUGGCAGUGAAUGAAGAGCUGACUCUACACACUAGACUCAUUGAUGACUUGGACGAACAUGUAGAUGUCACGGAUUCUCGGCUGAGGAGAGUGCAGAAGAACUUGGCAAUUUUAAACAAACGCACCAAGGGUGGUUGCUCAUGCUUGUGCAUGCUAUUAUCUGUGAUUGGUAUAGUGGUCUUGGUUGUUGUCAUAUAUCUUCUGAUCAAAUAUGUGCCCUAAGGGUGGUUGCUCAGGCUUGUGCAUGCUAUUAUCUGUGAUUGGUAUAGUGGUCUUGGUUGCUGUCAUAUCUUCUGGUCAAAUAUUUGUAGUUAUGAAAAUACUCAACUCGGGAGCUGUUUCCCUUUUGUUUAUGUUUCUGAAUGUGUGCCAUGAAACAUAUCAUAUAUAUAACCUGGUUUCUUUGAUUGUUCUUGAUGCUUUGCCAAUGACAUGGAAUUUAUUAAGGUCUUGAAAGUUUAUGAUUUGUAA